UUUUUGGGAUUUGCCAGGAGUGAUCAUCCUGUCAUUGUUUUUAUCUUUGACGUCUUUUCAACUUUUCUCAAGGCAUAGCGUCAGAGGAAAAAAAGACUUCAGCGAGGUAAAGAGGAAAAAAAACAGACUGAAAUUAAUUGUGGUUGUUAAAACUGUAUUUGUUCUAAGUUUUGGAAAAAACUCACUUCCAACAGUUAGAGUGUACCCAGGAAGAGAAAUCUUGUUGAAGAGCGACGUUGGACUUUGUUAAUUUUGUGGAAAAAUACGUUACCUCGACUGGUUUUUUUUCUUGGUGCACAUCUGGAUCCCAGACCUUCCUUCGUUCAACUCAUCUACUCCAUCAUCAUUCCGUCAUCUUACCUCCUUGGUUCAUCUCAUUUCAUCUCAUCUACUGGUUGGACAUUAACUGUCCAGGUUGGGGAUGUGGUUGUGAUGCUUGGAUCCUCCGCCGUCUUACCCUGCCACAUAAUCACAAAUGAUCGUCUAUCCCAGAUCACAUGGCAGAAAACGAUCAAAGGAAAAGCUCCAGAUGAUGUUUUCUUGACAAUUCAGCCCAAGAAUGGACUCAAGUUUAGUAAUGGACAGGAUUUAAGAUUUCAAUUUAUUGGAAAUUUCAAUGAUAAAAAUGAAACCCUGAAGUUUUCUAAUAUGACACUGAAGGAUGAAGGAAGCUACACAUGCAUCUUCAGCUUGUUCCCCGGUGGAACACCAAGUAGAAAUUCACAACUUGUAAUACUUGUGCCCCCAAUCACAAAUCUGAUGGAUUAUACACCCUUAGAGGGAAAUGAGGAGGUUCCACUUGCAACUUGCACAGCUGCUGCUUCUAAGCCUAAAGCAGAGGUGAGAUGGAUCAAAGGUUCUUUGGAAGAAAAAAUUCGAGAAGAACUUAAGGAAACUCGGCAUGCCAAUGGUACGACCACCACAUGGAGUACUCUGCUUGGAAAACCUGGGAGAGAGAUGAAUGGUCAGUUGGUGAAGUGUGUCAUCUCAAGUGAGGCAACGAAAGACGAAAUCUUAGAAACCAACAUCCAGGUCCACUACCCGCCUGGGAAUGUCAACAUUUUUGAACGAUCCGAAUUCUCACAUGAGUGUGAAACUGAGGCAAAUCCAAAAGUUACCGUUAUCUGGACAAGGUCUGGCCAGCCUCUGCCUCCAUCAGUUGAAGUUGUGGGUGCAACACUGCAGUUUUCAAGCCAGAGCAAUGACUUGUCUGGCCUUUAUCAGUGUGAAACCACAAAUCCAUACGGAAGCAAACAGGCAUACCUCUUUGUGCAGUUCUCUUCAGGAAACUGCAACCUUUUCUGCGUCUUGGUUGGUCUCCUGAUUAUCCUGAUUCUCCCGAUUCUCCUUUUUCUCCUGCCUGGAACUGGAAAAUGUCAAAGGUAUCAAUUCCACCAGAUAUGUUAUGAGUUAAAAUUCACAAAGUGAAAGAGGAAACUUUUUCCUCAUAGUAUUUUA